AUGAAAUGCGCGCGGCUUCACCUACAGGAAAGAGGAAAGACAACAGCGAAGCAAAUUUUUCCGAGGGAAAAGCCAAGAAGAUAUUGUCAAAGACGAUUUCAUUGCAAUCCAUUAACCAAUAUAGAGGAGUCUGACAAAGAAUGUAGCGGCACGCCUUCACAGGAUCAAGAGAACUUAUAUCUUACAGUUCAAAAUUUAAAAUUCCUAGGAAACGUGCAAGAUCUCAAAAAAACUCGAACAAAUUUCAAAUACAAAUCGCUGAACAGAGACAGAAGUCAUAGAAUGUUCGUUAAACAAGUUGUAGAAGAGGAUUUCAAUUAUGAAGAAGAUAGGUCAACACCUUUAGUCAAUUACUUUGACGAUUACGUUAAAUACAUAUUAAGCACCGAUCGCUCUAGAGCUUCAUCCAGUAAAUCUAGUAUUCAUGAGCAAAAUCAUAAUUUCACAGAAAAAUCUGCUCAAGUUGAUACUAAAACCAAAGUAGAUGGUGCCGAAUGUCUAAUAAAAAAAUCUGAAAUGAAAAUUCCUGAUAUAAAAAGAGGCGAAGGUGAUAUACAAAAUCUAAAAUAUAACGAAACUGAUAAAAACGUUAUAGAAGAUGCUAAAGUAGCAUAUUAUAGUACUGGUAAAAGGAAGAGCUUGACUAUAUCAAGAGUGCCGAGUCCAGAAACUGUACAAAUUAUAAGAGUGGAUGUAGUCUGCAAUUACAGUACUAGCUCAAACAUUUCUAAUAGCGAAGAGAAGAAGCAACAACCUGCUGAUAUCACUAAAUUAUCAGAUAGAGAUAUAGCAAAACUGAAUUUCAAGGGAUCACAUUUUUCCGACAAAUAUUUAUUAACGAAUACGAUUAAAGGAGUUGACGAGAACUUGUCAUGUGGUUCUAAAGUCACUUUGCUUUGCAAAACUUUCAAAUUGUCAAACAGAAACAAAAUAGCUGGGAAAAAAUACAAGAAAAUUAUAAACGAUGGCACACUUAUUCAUAAAAUUGUUUAA